AUGCCAUCAACAAGCGUGCCAUCAACAAGCGUACCAUCAACAAGCGUGCCUGCACAGGCACAUGCUACAGCUGCAUGUACAAUGGGUGCAUUUUCCAAUGUCUUUCCUGCUCCAAUCAUCAGUACAGCGGCGCAGACAGGAGACGACCUAGUGGGUACCUAUGGUGUCAAUUUAAUAAUAAACGGCGAUGGUGAAACGGGUCCAUGUGAAACUGGAGGUGGUACGACGCAUCCGUCAUUCUGGACUUACAACGGUACAAUAACACAGGUUCAAUAUGGAAAUUUGCAAUGGGCAGAUCAGAACUGGACAUCUCCCGGACCAAGAGGGCGUGCCGAUCCCGCUAAAGAGGUUGACAACGAUGAAGUUGAUAAGAUUUGUGAAUGUUAUUUACGUUUAACAGCGCUUCAUGAACAAUUGAUUAAGCGGGUGCGUGUCGGUUAUGUUAAAAGUGAUUUGCCUUCAUUUGCGUCGAUAUAA